AUGCAACAAUCACCAUGUGUACCAACAUUAACGUCAUCGAAAUGGUGGUUAGAACGUGGAUCGCAUAGAACAUGGACCCAGUGGUUUAUGCGUUUUACAUAUGAGAUGGGUUGGUAUUCACUGUACACCAAUUAUCCACGACAAGAAUCAUUUGCUAUAAAUCAUUGUGGAUCUGGAUUGAGUUUUAAUAUUACAGCAAGAUUUAUACCGAACUGCAGUUUGAUCGGGAAGGUUAUACCAUCGAUACAUUACAAUUUUUCAAGGGAUUUGCACAUUUUUGAUUUUCAUUUCAAUCAAAUUGAUAAGCCGAAAAUUUUGCAAUAUCGACAAUAUAUAUGGCAUACAGCUCACUUUCAUAAUCAAUGUCAUACGAUUUCUCAUCCACCUAAAAGGAAAGUUCAUAACGACGAAGAAGAUGCAGAGAAAUACAUACCAUCAAGUCAAUUAACCUCAACAAAUCCUAAAACACAUGUUGAAAAGGGCGAACCGCUACAAAUUCAUCGACAAGGUCAACAAACAACGCACUGGUAUUUAAAUUCAAUCAGACGUUAUAACCGAUCGUAUGGUGGACCACUUGCAUUUACAAAAUUUAAAACUGGUCUGAAUCAAGUCCAUAUUGAUAAUGUGAUACCAGUACAUGAAAGUGGAGAACAAUCAUUAAAAGUUCAGCAACCAUCAGAAUCAACAAUAACAAGCCAUCAGUAUUCCGUCCAUCAGCAACAACAGCAACAACAAGACUGCGAGUCGUGUAAAAAAUUAAUGAUACAACAGCAAUUAGAGCUGAACCGUUUGGAAUUAAAAUUCGAACGCGUUGAAAAUAGAAUGAAAUUGCGACGCAAACUGGAGCUGGAACGUUUGAGAAGCGAAAAUAAUAUAAUGAAACAAAUUAUUCGAUUACUGGUUCCAUCAGCAUCAUUGUAUGAUGAAAAGCUUGAUCGUAAAUUGGUUGAAACACUCCAGUAUCGUCCCAAACGAAAUAACACAGAACAAGAAGUGCCAUCAUUGAUUAGAAUCCACUAUCCAACAUCAGGACAACUUGUUUUGGUGAAACAACAACAAUACAUAUAUGGUACAGCAAUGGGAGGAGCAAACUGUCCAAGUACAAUCUAUGGUAUCCUAUUAAAUACGAGUCAAAUUGAACUUGUUACAACAUUUAAUGAAACAACAGAAAGGGCAGCACCAUUGGACGGUUUAAUUCAAAAUUCUGAAUCGUCUGUACGGCGUUACGUCUAA